UUGGCGCUGUUAUAGCUCAGCUGGUCAGCUGUUGUGUUUACAGUGAUGUGACAGCUACAGGUAGAGAGACCUUAAGAUUUCUUCAUUUCCUUCAUGUUCAACUUAUCCGUCGUGGCGUCCAGCUAAGCACGAAGUUGCGCUGCUUUGUUAAGAAAUGGCCUGGUUUGAAGGGAUAUCGUCGUCGCUGAAAGGACAGAUUUCAAAUUUGGCCAAGGGUGUUUUGGCCGACGACUCUGACACAGAGAAAAGUCAAGGCAAUGCGACAAGCUUGACUCCUUCAAAUUCUUCUAAUGAGCCAAGAGCUGGUACUUCUGAUGGUUGGAGCAGUGAGCAACUUGUCACAGACACUUUCAUUGGUCAGAUUAGGACCGAAUCCCCGAGAAGUAAUGAAGGUCAUAGCCAAAGCAACCCUCAGCCACAGGAAGAAGAAGAACCCUCACUUAUUAGUAAAAAACUUGCAAGUUUCCUUUCACUGGGAAAAGGAAGCGAUUCAGAAGAACAAAUUGCUGCGCUUCAGGAAGAGAAUAGGACACUGAGACUUGACAAUGAAUCGAAAGCCCAUGAAAUUAGGACCUGUACAAGGAUCAUUCGUGAACUUGAGUCAUUGGUCGCAGUGGGACAGGAUGAAAAUUCCAAUCUUUCCACAGGAAUGGAAGAAUUGGACAUUCAGCACCAACAAGCUAUCGAGCAAGUCCUUUCAGUUAAAGAAGAAACGCACAAACAGUUGGAAGCAUUGCAAAAAGCAUACGCAGAGCUUGAAGAAAGUCAUAGAUCCCUAUCUGAAGAAAAAUCUGACAAUAAUCGGAAUGAAGAAAAUAACAUUCAUGCUGAAGAAAUCACAAGACUACAGGAAGAAAACCGUCUUCUGCAUACGGAGUUGGAGGAAGCGAAGAGAAAGGCCGAUCAGAAUGAAAUUUUGAUCCGGGAAUUAGAAGAACGAGAUAGGGAGCUGGAAGAGCUCGAAGGUGUCAACAUGACUCUACGUAGUGACAUUGACAUUCUACGAGAAGCACAUAAUGACAGUGAAACAAACAGAAGCAGUCUUCCACCUAUUCCUGAAAACAACGAGAUUGAAGCCCUAGAGCACAGGAUCGCUUCGCUUGAAAUGGAAACCUCCAUACUUAGGGAAGUCCGAUCAAACCUAGAGACAGAAGUCAGCAACUCAAGCCUUCGCAUCGAAGAACUGAACCAAAGAUUGCAAAUAUCAGAAGGGACCAAUCGCAACCAGGAAAACUUACAAAUUGAGAUUGAAAAGGCAAAUGAAGUUCAAUUGAAGCUUAAGAAAGAAGGAGAGCUUAAAAACAGUUACAUAAGAGAUCUUGAAAAUGAGCUUGAGAGAGCGAAAAAAGAUAAUGAUGAAUUGAAAAAAUUGAUUUCUGAAAAAGAUAAAGACAAAGAGCUGUCAUGGUAUGAAAAUCACAGUAAGGAGGAAAGCUUGCUGCAAGAUAAUGCCACUCUUAAGAAGAAACUUAGCCAGAUGGAGUUGCAGGCAAAAGAAGUUGAUAAAGAGCUGGAGAGGCUUCAGAAAGAGAAUGAAGUCAAACAGAAUAAGAUGUGUGAGCUGAUGUUCGAGAUGAACUCUGUCUCUGAAGAUUUGAAAAAGUCGUUAAAAAAAGAGUCAGACUUAAAACUGCAGAUUAAGGAGUUGGAGUUGAAACUAGACUCGAGCAAAGACAUUGAACAAGAGGUGACACAAGAGCGAUCAAAGAUGAUUGAGUUGAAUGAAGAGAUGGUUAAACUUCAGAAUGAAAAUUCACGGCUUCAAGAAGAGCUCCACUCAAAAAGUUUAGAGAUAACACUUUUGAAGGAAUGUGCUGAUGCUGAAAGAUCAAAUUUCACAUCGGAAAAAGCUCUACUUUUAAAAGAAAUAGAAUCACACAAAAAUGAUGAACUGCAUAUCUUAAAAGAGAUUCAAAACCAAAAAAGCAUGGAAUAUAAGAAACAGCUUGAACUGAAAGAAGAAGAGCUCCAUAAGUUGAAGAUAAGCAUUGAAGAAAGAGAGUUCAAUUGGAAUGAACAGUUAACAUCCACAGUUAGUGACUUAGAGAUGAAAAUUGCCCAACGGGAUGCUGAAUUGCACAGAUUGCAAAGAGUGGACCUUGAUAGGAGCAAUGUUGAAGAAAAUAUUAACUCAGAGUUAGAGGUGCUCAAACACUCUCUCGACAUGACCAAACAAGAGUAUGAAGCAUUUAAACUGAAAUCAAAUAAGAAAGAAACGCUCAUUAGAGAAGAACUAGCAAAGAAGUAUGAGGAACAUGAAAAAGAAAUCGUUGAAAAGUUGGAGAAAAGGAUAGAACAGCAAGAUCAACAACUGGCAGCACUUCUGCAAAGUUACAAUGAUGUUAAAUUCCAGUUUGAGUCACUUCAGGAAAAGCUUGGCACUGUCGAAAAAAAUCUCAAUGGUCAAAUUAAUGAUAAUAAGGAACUUUUGAAACAGAUUCAAAUAAAGGAAGUUGUUGCUUCGGGACUUGCUAGUGAAAUGGAUCAAAUAAAACUCACACUUAAACAAGAAUGUAACAAUGGUGAAAAUUUAAAAAAACAAAUAGCACAACUGACAUCCCAAAAGACAGAUAUUGAAAACCAGUUAAAAGAAAAGGAAGCUUUCUUGGAACAAAUUAAUGCAGCAAAGUCUAAAGAAAUCACAACAUUGAAACAAGAGGUAGAAAGCCUGAAAAACCAAUUGGAGUACGCUACACAGCUGAUGCAUGUUGCAGAAAGACAGGAAGCAGAAGGACGAGGAGUGACUCCACCUCCACAGAAAAACACCUGCUCCUCUGAGUGCCAGGAAACACAGGAGGAAUUGAAUCAGAUUACGACUGCAUUGUUAAAGGAGCAAACAGAAAAUAAACGCCUCUUGAAUCAAGUGAAUGAACUUAAGGACGCAAAUACAAAAGUGAACACCCAGCUCUCCAGGCUUCAAACCCACUUGAUGGAAAUGGAAAAUUAUUAUACAUCCCUUGAGAUUUCGUCCAGUAAAAAGAUCGCCGAACUAGAAGCCAAGCAGGCGAAAGUAGAUGACUGGGUCAAAAGUUCCUCUACUGCUUAUACCUCGGCAAAUAUUCGAGCUAAUCAACAGGUGGAAGCGUUAACUAAGCAAGUCAAGCUUUUAACAGAGCACAAAGAGAAGAUGGAAGCUGAACUAUCACGAGCUGAAGAUGAUGCACAGAAGCAGCUAGCUGCAGUCACCAAUCUCCAAGCAGUGCUGCACCAAUUUCAACAGGAUAAACAAAGGGACAUUGACUUUGAAACAGAUCGCAUAAAACAAAAGCUCAAUCUGGCGUAUAUGACAAAUAAUGAAUUACUUGCUCAAAUCAAGGAUCUUCAGGACCAACUCAGUGAAACAAAAAAAGGUCUUGUGGCGGCAACGAGGUUGAGCGAACAGCUGGAUCAGAAAGAAGAACAAAUUGGGACCCUUAAAAGCGAAGUGGCAGGUCUACAGAAAAAGCUUAAUAGUGCUGAAGACAAGCUGAAAAAUAUCAAUAGCACUUUUGAGGCAAAAAUUGACAGAAACUUAAUGAAAAACUUACUUGUCGGUUACAUUAGCAGUGGGACACAAUAUAAAGAACAGGUAUUAAGGGUGAUAUCACAAGUUUUAGAAUUGAGUAAAGAGGAAAGGCAGAGAGUCGGUCUAGAUUCAGAAGAAAACUCAAAUGGUCCUCAACAGUCUUUAUCUGAGGCAUUUAUUAAAUUCCUUGAGACUGAAUCUCAGCCAAAGCCACAAAUAUUCCUUCCAUUAAGCCAGCCACCCUCUUUGAAUCCAAGCAGAAAGUCUUCACAAAGCAGCCCUGCUGGUUCCAUUCACCCUGAGGAAGCCCACCUCAAUCUACCUCAUUUUCCAGUUGGUCGGAAUGCGGGUUCGAUUCUUAAAGAUGUACUCAAAGACAGAAACACAUAAUGACUGUGAAUCUGCUCGAGUUUUAAAUUGUCUUUUCCCGAUUCGUGUAAAUGUCUCAUUUAAAUAAUAUCUUGUAAAUACUU